CAAAAGGUGGGGUUGUUCCGAGUCAAUGGUGCACGCCGGACUGCCUUCAGGAGGACACACGACAUGUGCAACUCUUAGACGCACGAUUAUCUGUCUGACUUGGCCAUCUUUCACUCUGUAUGACACCCUCUUCAUAACUUUCGCUUAAGCUAAACGGUCUUUCUCCUCGACGGCUGUCAUUGUAACUUCGGCGAGCUUAGCGGUACCUCUUCCUGUACCGACCCUGCAGAUCAUCAACAAUGUCCAACUCGUCCUCUCCAAAACAGGCCCCUAGGCCACGCCCUCUCCAUGUUUCUCGCUCCUUUACACGUCUCGAUCCCAAUCCGGAGUCCCUUCCGGCUUCUCCUUCUCGCGCCCGAGCCAGUACCAUCCAGACAAUACCCGAAGCAAAGGACAUGACCUCUUUCUCACACGGCGAUGUUUUCGAGAGCGUCGAAGAAGAUAGCCAUGAGGAACCUGCUGUCAAUGUACCCCCUACUUUCGACCAACUUCCAAUCGAGAUCCGAAGCCUGAGCGAGAGGUUCCUCAAGUCUCUCUCCGUCAAGACACACGCAAAUCCCCUGAAUAUCGAUACCAUCUCCGAGCUAUUCCAAGAUUUCUACGAACAAGCCGAAUCACACAUCUCAACACACAUCGCAACCCUUUCCACACGCCUGUCUAGAGAGAAGUCUCCGUCACGCUCAGUAGCUUCGAAGGCCUCGAAUGCCACACUCAAGGGCAGAAAGCAGAGUGCAGACCAGAACGCUUCUCCGAAUGGCCAGGGUGAACAGCAGAUGUUGACAGCUUCCGAGGUCGCCGAUCGUCGUAAAGCCCGUCGGGAUCUGGAGAUUAAGAGACUGGCUCUGGAGGAAGCUGUAGAAAGAGCCGUGUGUGAGAAGGUUUAUGAUCGGAUAUACAGACACAGAAGUGCCGAUGAUGAGGAAAGAGAUGCAAAGCUUCGUUCGAGAACUGCUGCUUUGUCGCUGGUCGGCAUCGGCUUGAAAGAGUUGCACGUCGACAUUGAACCAGCCAAAGGCAACGGCUUACCGACUGAUGAGAAAGAGCUGCAUGAGGAGAUAUUCAAAUUGCUUGCACCCGCAAGAGAACACCUACAACGCAUGGACGACCAUCGCUAUCCUCUCGGAAAGCUCCAAAUGCUUACUGAAGCACACAAGAGCAUUGUUGAGACUUUAUCUCGCAUCUUUCCUUCUACCUCUUCUGCUGAUGAGGUUCUGCCGACUCUGAUCUACACCUUGAUGACUUCGGAUCCGGAGACUAUCAACGUCAUCAGUAACCUACAUUUCGUUCAGCUCUUCCGUGCCCGUGCAAAGGUUGAUGGUGAAGCUGCUUACUGUCUGGUCAACCUGGAAGCCGCCAUCUCGUUCCUCGAAACCGUUGAUCUAUCUUCUCUGCGAGCAGACGAAGCUCCUCAAGGCCGUCUCCAUCCCGAAACUCGCCAUGAGAGACCUACCAACUUUGCCCGUCCUUCCAGUCCCAAAUCUUUAGCUCCUGGUUUGACCACCACAUCAGCCAUCUCCUCCGAUCUGAGUCCAGGAGACACCUCCCUCAAACCACUUCCUUCACCCAAUACUCUUGCCAAUAAUCCAGUGCGACCUGGCUUUACACAGCGACGUUUCUCAUCUUUGAUCCAAGCACAAGCCGAACGCAUCGAAGCUGGGCGAGAAGAACUUCUCAACUCGGCUGAUCAGGCAUUCGACGCUAUCAACUCGACCCUCGAAAACAGCUUUAAGUUUCUGUUUGGUCGUAUGAAGGAGCAAGGUGCUGGCACUGAGGAUUCUCCCAUAGUCAUGCCCAGAACUCUCGAAGAUGCUCGCAAGCUCGUAAGCUCCCCGCCUUUGGUGCCCAUGGACAGCCAUCCAAACUUUGCAGAGUCGCUCUCAGCAAGUCCGACUGCCGACCCACUUUCAGCGCCUCGUGUGGACAACACAAUGCUAAACUUGGUUGGUGGUCGCUUGCGUGAACGCAGUGUGGACAGCAAUCGCAGUGCCAGUAGUGGCAAACGCGUCAUCUUCGCCGAAAAGCCAAAUGCCGCGCUUAUCAACAACUCCAUCUCAUCCUCGCUUCCGACACAGUCCGCCGUCGAAUCUAUGGGCAAUCUCAUGAACUCAAUUAACCCUUUGUCCCGCUUCGGCGGAUUCGGGAAAUUCGGACGUUCAGCUUCUGCAACAAAUAACGUGCAACCAGAAACCGAUCUCGAUACUCUAGAGGCUUUGGCAGCACUGAAAAAGGCCACACCGCCUGUACAGAAAUUCAUCGAUGCAAAGAAUGCUCAGGACUUGAGAAUCAAAGAUGUUGAUGAGUUAUUGAGGGAUUAUCAGAGGCUGGCUGCUUUGAUCAAGGAGACAAUCAAUGCAUAG